CCUUUAAAGCCAACUUGCAUAUACAUGAAAGAGCAAACUUUCAACCUGCAUUUAAAAAGACCUCGAGGAUUAACAGACAUUAAUUAUCUUACUCUAAAGGCGAGCUAGUGACUUUUGUUUUAGAAAACCCCAUCUAGUUCACUCAUUGAUGGAUGACCAUUAAUACACCUGUAUUUGCAUUUCCGUGGUAAAAAGACAAGCAGGGUUUUCAGCACAGAAGAGAACCACUUUGCCAAGUCUUUUCAGAAUGUCAAUAUGCUUCAAGUAAUACCGAAACAGAGAGAUUCCUCUUGAUUUCCAAAACUGUCUAGGUGGCCUGGGUAGUUUUCUGCCGGCAGCAGCCUCCUACCUUUAGUUUGUGUGCCUAUAUCCAUGAGGGGGGAUUAAUUAGCCGGGUUGGAGCUGAAGGAGGCUGUCGUGACGAGCCCAGUGGCGAUUGGCCGCCAGCCUGCCUGGCCCUGCCUUUAUAAUUUCCACACGAGUGCAUCUGGGCUCUUAGACAAACCAACAGCAGCUUCUUCUGACAUAUACACACGCACACUCACCCCCGACACACACUCAGCACACUUUUCCUCCAUUUGAUUAACAGUCUUGCACACACAAUGAUUACGGGAAAGCGUAAAUAAAUACGGAAAGGGUUGAUUAUUUUGACUACUGGAAGAGCUUGGCUGGGUCUCAACGCAACUUUUGUUUUUAUUACCGAGAAGGUGAUCUCUCCAUGCAUUUCUCUCACACAAGGAUUCUUUAAGGGGAGAACAAUCUUUCACUUUAAGACCGGCUGGGCUCAAAGAUAAAAGGAAGGGAAAGCGGUAGCUAGGAAUCCCCAGCUGCAGCACAUCGGAAAGGCGUUUUUGAUACAUUUCUGAGCGCAGCGGCCCGUUUCUCCACCGAAGUUGGCUCCAGCUCUAGCAGCCGCAUUGGAUCCCACAGCUUACUGCGAGACUCCGGUGUACAAUCCGGAUCUCUGCCCCAACAUGAUCGCGGCCCAGGCCAAGCUGGUCUACCAUCUGAAUAAAUACUACAAUGAAAAAUGCCAAGCCAGGAAAGCUGCCAUUGCCAAAACUAUCCGGGAAGUCUGCAAAGUAGUUUCCGACGUACUGAAAGAAGUGGAAGUGCAGGAGCCUCGCUUCAUCAGCUCUCUCAACGAGAUGGACAAUCGCUACGAGGGCCUCGAGGUUAUCUCCCCCACUGAAUUCGAGGUGGUGCUUUACCUUAACCAAAUGGGGGUGUUCAACUUUGUGGACGACGGCUCGCUGCCCGGCUGCGCGGUGCUGAAGUUGAGCGACGGGCGCAAGAGGAGCAUGUCCCUCUGGGUGGAAUUCAUUACCGCCUCCGGCUACCUCUCGGCGCGCAAAAUCCGGUCCAGAUUUCAGACGCUGGUGGCUCAAGCGGUAGACAAAUGUAGCUACAGGGAUGUGGUAAAGAUGGUGGCAGACACCAGCGAAGUGAAACUGAGAAUUCGAGAUAGGUACGUGGUGCAGAUCACCCCGGCUUUUAAAUGCACCGGGAUCUGGCCGAGGAGUGCUGCCCACUGGCCACUUCCCCACAUCCCCUGGCCAGGACCCAACCGGGUGGCGGAGGUCAAAGCGGAAGGGUUCAAUCUCUUAUCCAAGGAGUGCCACUCCCUGGCCGGCAAGCAGAGCUCGGCGGAGAGCGACGCCUGGGUGCUGCAGUUCGCGGAAGCGGAGAACAGACUGCAGAUGGGGGGCUGCAGGAAGAAAUGCCUCUCCAUCCUCAAAACCUUACGGGAUCGUCACCUUGAACUGCCGGGCCAGCCUCUGAACAAUUACCACAUGAAGACUUUGGUUUCCUAUGAGUGUGAAAAGCAUCCCCGGGAGUCGGACUGGGACGAGUCUUGCCUGGGUGAUCGGCUUAACGGGAUUUUGCUGCAACUUAUCUCCUGCCUGCAGUGCCGGCGGUGUCCUCACUACUUCCUACCGAACUUAGAUCUGUUUCAAGGCAAACCUCACUCGGCUCUGGAGAACGCUGCCAAACAAACGUGGCGACUGGCAAGAGAGAUUCUAACCAACCCGAAAAGUUUGGAAAAACUUUAGAGGGCAAUUUAAUCAAGAGCCCAUACGUGAUUAUUCUUCUCAAAGUCCUAAUUAAGUGUAAACUUCCUGUUCGAUUGCUAUCUGAUAUUCCGCUUGACAGUGCAAACAAUCUCUUCCUUAAAAAGGAAUAAUAAUACAAUGUUUAGGCUUCAUCUCACCCACCCCUCCAAGGGGAGCAAAAGAAGUAGGGGAAGCGCAUGGAGAAAAACCCAAACCCACAAGUAUUAGAAGACUUCUUUACAAAGGAUUUCCUAUCUCCCUUGAAAAGUACACAGUAACACCCGGAAAACAACCUGGCUGUAACGCAAGACCAUAGUGAAGGCUCCAACUAACUAUCAAAGGAUUAUAACAAUCCUGGUGAUGUAGGUGCCUCUGUCUGUGAGUAAACACGACUUGGAUAUGCCAUCUGAAGGAAAGUGUAAUGUAUAUUUUAAUUUGUAACAAAUAUUGUGAUCUCACAUUGUCUUUGAAAGUGUGGCUGUUGUGUUUUGUGAUUUGGUGAACAGAAGUUAAAUUGCCAUUUCGGACAACUUCCAGACAUUUUCCACCAACAAAGAUACCAUUUAAAGGUAGAUUUCCUCCUGGUACUUUUAUCUGUCUUUGAAAGUGUCUGAACUUUAAAAAGUUUACAUUUUGUUUCAAAUAUAUUGCUUGUUCUAUUUCUAACAUUCCAUAAAUAUACUUGAAAUGUUAUUUAAAUAUAUUCAAAGAAAUUUGAAUUCAGCUUAUAUAAUAACGCUUGAAUAUCUGAAUUAUAUAUUUGAAAAAUGCACUUGAAAUACACUGGAUAAUUACUUUCGUGAUUUAGAUUUUAAUUUCUGUUGCUGGUUUUUAUU